AAACCUAAUCUCUCUGCCACCGUCGUCGUUCUUCCGUUAUCACCCACGGCUGCACACGUAAGAACAGAAUUGGCAUUAGUUGAGGAAAUUGCUAUGGAUGUGCUAAACAAGAUCAAUCAAGUAUAUGUUGGUGACCUAGAUCAACAGAUUGGAAUGAAACGUUUGCAAGAAUCUGCUUUCCCUCAACGGAAACAACAAAAGUGUCUAAGUCGCUGACGAAUGAAGAACAUAAACUCUAUAACCUCAUAUGUAGCAGGGAAAACAGAGGAAUCUCGUAAAGAGACAUGAAUAGAGAAAUAAACCUUCCUACUACUGUGUUGAAUAAAUCCCUAAAGGCACUUGUAGAAAAGUAUAGUAUGGUAAAGGAAGUUCCUAACAUUCAAAACGAAGAUAUAAAGCACUACAUGGCAGCAGAACUUGAGCCUUCAGAGGAUAUCACUGGUGGGCAUUUUUAUAGUGAUGGGAAGCUUGAUACGGGUUUUAUAGAUGCUCUAAAGAAGGUGUGCUUGAAAUGCAUUUUCAUGCAUAAAGUUUCCACAUGUGAUGGAUGUUUGGAGUGGAUUAAAAAGAGCGAAAUCUUCAACACUGAAGUCACAGGAAAACAAAUAGAGGAGAUUUUGCAAACUUUGGUUUUAGAUGAUGAGAUCAUGCAGAUGACAAGUGCUGGAUAUGGGGAUUUUGCAUUUAUUCCAGUUGGCAAAACUUGUUACAUAUGCAAAAGCAAGGGUGGAGUUAUAGGGGAAAAGAAAUCUGGCUACUUUACUUCCUUUCCAUGUUUUUCUUGUGAGCGAAUGAGCUUUUGUUCACCCGAUGGCGUUGUCUCUCCAGGAGCAUGUGUCUAUUAUCAGAAAUGGUUGGAUUUCUGAAUGAGUUGAUUACUACUGAAUGAUUUUUAAUUUUUUUUUAUAAACGACUCUCCCAAGUUUUGACUCACAUAACAGCUAUUGUGGUUUCUUUUUUCACUCUCUUUUUAACUUAAUUGCUAAUGUAUCUAAGCUCCUUCCACAAUGAAAUGAUUGACUCAAUUGGGUUAAAAGUUCUGCAAA